AUGACCGGGACCAUUCUAGGGACAUACCGAACCAAAUUCAAUUCAGACGGAACGGUUGCUCGCUACAAAGCUCGAUUAGUUGCUCAAGGCAAUCAACAGGAAUAUGGCUUAGAUUAUCAGGACACAUUCAGUCCUGUGGCUAAACUUCCGACGAUACGAAUUUUAUUUACCAUAGCCUUGUUCUACAAAUGGAGCGUUCAGCAACUCGACGUGGCUAACGCAUUCUUGCACGGAGACAUAAACGAAACGGUUUACAUGCGCCAGCCCAAAGGUUUUGAGGUUGCAUCCAAUCCGAAUCAUCUCGGGUUUACUCAGAGCCAAGCAGACCCGUCUCUCCUGACUCUACACCGUGACUCUGUCCACCUCUAUUUACUGGUUUAUGUCGAUGACAUUCUGCUUACUGGAAAUAACGAGAGAGCUAUGGCUGAACUGGUAAGCAAACUACAAUCCAAAUUCGCUUUGAAGCAUCUUGGUCCAGCAAAUCAAUUUCUUGGUAUCAAAAUUGAACGCACGCAAGAUAAGUUCUUUCUAUCUCAAACUCUUUACGCCAAAUCAAUAAUUCAAAUGGUCGAGUUACAUAAAUGCAACUCGGUCGCUAAUCCGUCCUAUACUAAACUUCCAGAUUCUGGCUCGGACGAUCAUGCAGCCUUCGACGAGCUCAAAUAUCGAAGAAUUAUAGGCUCUCUUCAGUACCUAACUCUGACCAGACCGGACAUUGCAUACGUCGUAAACGCUCUAUCUCAGCAUAUGCACAAACCGGCUCCAACUCACUCAGUCAUGCUCAAGAAACUCCUCCGAUACAUACAAGGAUCUCUCGAUUUCGGGCUUCCGAUUACUCGUUCCACUUUGACACUCAAGACUUAUUCGGAUGCAGAUUGGGCGUCCGAUCCAGAUACUCGGAAAUCUACCUCAGGUUUUUGUACUUUCCUCGGAAAUACAUUAGUUUCAUGGACCGUUAAAAAGCAGAAUACGGUCUCCAGGUCAUCUACUGAAUCAGAAUACCGUGCGCUUGCCUCAGCUACGGCGGACAUCAUCUGGAUCAAACGUUUAUUAUCCGAUUUUGGUGUGUUACACUCUCAACCUUUAGACCUAUACUGUGAUAACAUGUCCACCAUUGCUCUCGCAAACAACCCUAUUUUUCACGCACGUACAAAACAUAUCGAGAUUGACCAACGGUUCGUGCGCGACCACAUCCAGAACAAAAAUAUUCGGCUUCUUCCUAUUAGCACAGUCGAUCAAGUGGCCGAUAUCUUUACCAAACCGCUAACUACACCAAGGUUCAAAUUACUGCGCAACAAACUAACCAUUGCUCCCAAUGUUCAGCUUGAGGGGGCAUGUUAA